AUGAAGCGUAAAUCGAGCCGGAACAACGUUCAGCCAACGAGCAGCAAGCCCAGCAGACCUGCAAAAUGUCAGCGGAAACCUACUCAGCCAUUUGACCAAGGUGUCAAUCCUGCUCCUCCUACUCUGCCGUCGACAGUAUGGCGUCCCGUACGCUUGCCAGAACCAACUCUGCCGCAUAAUCAAGGUACGCCAAGCCCGCCAGAGGCGCUGUUUGUGGCAGAGGAUGAGGAUGUGGUGGAGGAGUCAGCAGCUGACGCUGGGUUGGAUGAUGACAACGAGGUAGAUGAGCAGGUGGAGAACGCGUUAGCUGCUGCCACGGCUGUAGGGGAGGUUACUGCAGGCUCACCUGGGUCAGCUACUGCAGCGUCGCUCGCUCAAUCAAGCCAGCCACAGCGUCCAGAGUCAGAACAAAUUGACGAGGAGCCGCACCUGCACUGGAACUAUUGCGCUUGGUGGACGCUAGGGAAGAAUUCAAUUCCUCAGGCAGCUGUUGCGAGGCGUAAUAAGCCGUUAUACACUGUGGAUGAGGACAGGGUGUGGCAAUGGGCGGAUGGUGUUGUAGAGAAGCAGCUGCCACGGGUAGCUAUUAUUGACAGCUUGACAGCAACGCUCUACUAUACUAGUGGCCGCCAAGCUAAAUCUGAUAGGUGUACUAUAGCACUACAGCGGCGGCAAAGUGCAGCUGGAUGGACUGUUGUUGCAGGAAACUGGUUCGAAUUUGAAGAAGAGCUGGCUGAAAUGGAUAAAGAGAGCGGCCAAAUAAUGACCUGUGACUUUGACUUGGUGUUGAGAGAGCAACAGGCGCCUCAGCCAGCAACUCAGCCAGCAUCUCAACCAGCUCAAAGUACUGCUCGUUCGCGGCCAGGCAUCGUUACUGCAAUCAUGGAGGAGGGUCUCGCUAGUGUUGUUACUAACGAGCGCUUUGCGUCUGGUCAUGCUAUUGGUAUAAGAGACCAUUGGAGGUGUCAGAGUGAGCGCUGUUCGAACAACCCCGGCGUGUGCUGGGUGCGCUUGCUGCCAGGUCGUCAAGUUGAGCGAGCUAGUGAUCAUUAUCCUCUCAACAGCAACAUGAUUGCAAACUGGGCAAGCGCUAUUACACGACAGGAGUGUACUGUUGAAGAGCCAUCGCAGGACCUCCAGCUGCAGUUCAUUAUGUCAAAAGACCGCAGCGCACGAGAGAACAAGCGGCGGAGGAAGUCUUCCCCAGCGUCGUCAAGCUCUAGUCUUGAGAACCUCACAAAAGCAAUACUUGUUGGCCAUCUCGCUCAGUUGAAACAGCCGCAGCAACAGUGUCAACAUCAAUCAGAGCCAUCACAGCGGCAGAGAUGGGUUGACAUCAAGGCAUCAAGGGUGGAGAUGGUUCAACAUACUCGCAACUUUUUCAAUUACUGGAAGCUUAGUAUGCCUCACGUUGGCGAGAAGAUCAGAACCAUCUACACAAUGUGUAAAGAGGAGCAGUACGAUAUCAACAUGCUUAUGGACCCAGUGGAUGGUAUGACAUUUGAGAUGUGGACCUUCUAUGAGAUGCCUCCAAGUAUGCUCUCGCAUCUCCAACGCAAGGCUCACGAUUGGAUGAAGGAUUACACUGGCCUGUCAGAAAAAGACGUACAGCAUAGUUAG